GAGGGCUUGCGAUGCGUCUGGCGGCUGGUUUCCUGCAGAUCAUCCGAGUAAAGUUCAUUUAAACUAUCCGGCUUUAGAAAUCAGUUGCCGUAUAAAGUAGGUGAUGUAAAGUUGGAUAAAAUGUCGAACUGUAUUAAUUAUAAGACACAAAUAAGUUCCAUUAUGGACAUAUUAACUAGGGCAGCGGUGACAGAGAUAAGUAAAGUUGUUGACGAUGGUUUUAUCUUGUUACGUUUGGAAAUUUGUCGAAAAGAAAAGGAGAUCGAUGUGCUGAAAAAGAAACUGCUUUCAUUGCAAAGUGAACUGCGGAUGGCACGAGGAGCCGAAACCCCCGAGCCCGUGCACAGUCGCUCAGGUCCUCAUGGGUUUCCGCGGAGAGCAGCCGAAAAAAGAGCUGUGGAGCGCGGGGCUAUGCAGCAGGUCUGUGAGGAGGAGUGCGAGUCAAGACCCAAACCAGCAGAAUUCCCAGAGGAACAGCUAACACAGCCCACACCUGCAGGAGAUCUGGAGGAACAGGUAACCCAGCCCACACCUGCAGGAGAUCUGGAGGAACAGCUAACACAGCCCACACCUGCAGGAGAUCUGGAGGAACAGCUAACACAGCCCACACCUGCAGGAGAUCUGGAGGAGCUUGGUGAAAAGCACAGGUGUGGACACAGUGAGGAAGACCUCAGUGGACUGGGGUUUGUGGUGAAGGCGGAGCAAGAGGAAGAGCAUGUAGCCCAGAGACUCAGUCAGACAGGAUGUGAACACAGUGCAGGCAGACUGAACAAUCUGGACUCUGAGUAUGUAACGUACGAGAGAGACGGUCAGCUGUGGACUUCCUUCACACCAGGCGACAGUGACAUAGAGACUGAUGAUCCAGUUUGUGAUAAUGCUACAGAGCAAUACUCACAGAGUCUGCCGGUUCACACAGAGCUUCAGCAUGCCCCUGCUGCAGACGAAGCUUCUGCUAACUCCUCUUUUGGGAAACUAAGUGAUGAGAUGUUUGGUACAAUAAAUAUCAAAGAGGAGUCUGAUUGCAGUGAAGAGCUCAGGUCAGACAUGGUUCCCACACAGCAGGCUGAGCACAGAGAGAGACUUCUGCCCUCAGUGAAGAGAGAGAGUCAGACAUUACAGGCCAGGCAGCAGCUGCACGGACCCUCAGCAAAACUAAUGAGAGUCAGUGAGAGUGCAGCUGAGCUGAGCUCAGACACUCAGUAUGAGAGUGGAUAUUCUCUGAGCGGCAGCAGUUUCAACACGGAGAAGCCCCACAGGAGAUCAGGUACAGGGGAGAAACGGUUCAUUUGCAUGUACUGUGGAAAGAGUUUUGAUCGCUUCAGUCACCUUGAAAGGCAUCAGCGGAUUCAUACAGGAGAAAAGCCCUUCAGCUGUGCUACAUGUGGGAAGAGUUUCUCUCAGAAAAGUAGUCUUAAAGGACAUGAGAGAAUUCACACAGGUGAGAAGCCAUACAGUUGCGCAGUGUGUGGGAGGACUUUCUCUUGCUCUUCUAACCGCAAUGCACACCAAUGCGAUCACGCAACUGAGAGAACGUACAGUUGUUAUGUUUGUGGGAAGCUGUAUGCUGACAUAAGUACACUUAAUGUGCAUCAGAGACUCCACACAGAGAAGAUAUUCACCUGCACGUAAUAUGGGAAGAGUUUUACCACAGAAGAAGACCAGUCCUUAGGGGUUAAAUGUAUGGAGUUUGUAAAUGUUUGCAUUUGUAUGACACAUACUG